AUGUUACAUCAUAAGUCACUCCCUUUCCGCAAACUAGCGGUAGCGGUAGUGAGAAGGUUAAUGGCAGGCACGGGCGCCCUAGAUCCACUUCUUCCGCGGAGCGUUGACUCGGCCGCCAUGGCACGCUCCGCUGGCCGGGGGCGCUGGGCCAACAGAGUGACGCGCGAAAUGUUCCGGGGAUAUGACACGCGGGCAAGAACCCCUCCCUGCGCACAGCCCAAUGUUGCCUCCGCGUUUGCCUGCGUUUCG